AUGCCUGAGUUUCUUAGAGUCGACAGGGCCCGAUUCACAGACCCGGCAGGACUCCCUUGGGCGUACUUUUCCCGAUUCGUGUCACGACUACCCUCCCGCAAUUACCACCGCGACACCUACUGCUAUUCUACAGCGGUAUGGAUGUAUCUCAAGCGCAACCACAUCACUUUCGAAAACCAAGUUGUCAGCCCUUUCUAUUUCCAGCAGGCGCAGCAGGCAUUUGACGAGGCGGAAACCGAGUCGCAGGAGGUAUCGGCAGAUGACAGAGACGACAAGCAUCGAAAGACAUUGGUGCAGCAAGUGCACGCCGCGAUGGUACUCGUCCAGAAGCAGAACGCUGAUGACCACACGGAAAAAGAGCUUGGUUACCGGCUGAAGAACGCGACCAAUUUGUACUUGCAGGUCCACGAGAACGACAUUCGCUACAGAUCUGGUAUUCGGGAUGACGAUGUUCUCAAAGAGAUGCUGAAGGACAUUCCUAGUGUGCUUGCUUUGAGGAUUGUCGACGAGCCCGCCGAGGCAGUGGCUGAGUGGUGGAAUGACAAGGGCCAGUACAGUGAACUCGACGUCAUCCCGUUGACCAUGUGGUCCGCCUUCGCACAGGUGCACCGAGUGGUGGAAGAUCGUGUGCAAAGGGCGCGGCUGUUGGUUGUUGGCAAAACCCACCAAUCCGCAACAUUCACGGCUGUUGCUCAGGUCUACCAGAAGUCGGAGCUGAACCUCAAGCCGCUUUUCAAGGCAGGCAACAAAGCGGAUGACCCCAUUUCUCUUGAUGACUAG